UCAUCUAACCGGGUAUGCGAGUGGUCGGGCAUUGCUCGCUCUAGCACCUCCAGGACUCUUGACGAUUCUUGAGAACUCAUCGGUCGCCAGCCUGUUAGAGAAAACAAUAAUAUAAAUUUGAUGAAGCGUGUAACAAGCAUCUAUUCAAGCAGAAAGAAAUAGAAUUACAGAGGCCUUCCUAGUUCCAAGCUACAGUUUACGUUCUGGACCUGGUGAGAGGACUGAACUGUCUCUACCACUGGAUCUAUUACAAGUAUAUCCUUUCAAUUUGACUAUAUUGACUGAAGGAAGUGACUGUAUCUUAGCCGACGAGGAAGGUUCACCAGGUGGUGUAGUGCGUGCAUACUGCUGUGAUGUGAACGAUGCUCUGUGAAUUUGUCAAUAGAUCACCUUAUCCCGUGAUAAUGUUUAUGGAUUUUUGGUAAACGUACGAAUCAACGUGCAGUAAGAGUGAUGGCACUGAGAACCCUCGUGAGAAGAUAGUUAGUCAGUCAUUGAUGACAGUCAGUAGUGCUUGUGAAAGUGCAACGGUGCGAGGGAAACGAAAAGAUCUAAGAGGAUGACCGUGACGAUGGAGCACAAACGAAAGAGUUCAUGGGAUUCAAAGAUCUCAGUCAGUACCGUCAGUACCAGAAGAUUCAGUCGAGCCGGAACACCAAGUUCCAUUUUGUCAUCAGACAGUGACAUCCGUUUCACGAGGAAGCUCGGUGGUCAAUACAGAUGCGGAUGCUGCGUCCUUGCUGCCUUCCUUCUCUUUCUACUCUUCUCAGGAGUCUCAAUAUAUCUAGGAUACACGUUCCUGACCUCGGACCCACCUGGGGAUCAAGUCUUCCUGGCGACGUUCCGCGUUACCGACGGCGACACCUUCGUCGCAGAGCUUGCUGAUCCCUCCACCGAAGCUUUCAGGAUUCGCUCGCGCGAAUAUCGUGACAGAUUGAAUCUUGUUUUUCGUCGUAGCGGCUUGAAGUUGCCGUUCUUGGCUACUGAAAUUUUAGCUCUCGAUGGCGUUGAAGGACGCGACCUAGUGGUACACUUUGACGUGCGUUUCGAUCCUCGCUACCAGACCAUCAGGGUACCAGACAUUGUUGACAUUCUGGAGUAUGAGAUUAAUCCGGCGACAUCAAGAUAUUUAGCGAACCUGACCAUUGACCCGAAAAGUCUUGACGUCCAGGAAAGCGUUGACGCACUUACCGCCCAAGUCAUCCUGCAAACUACAGCGUCGACGUUACCGCCUACGACGACACCGCCACCUCCGAGAAGAUGCACGAAGCUUGAAUUGCCUUACUGCAAGCAUCUUCCUUAUAACGUAACGUCCUAUCCGAAUAUUUUGGGACACAAGUCGUUGCUCGAUGUUCAAAAUGAUGUUAUAGCGUUUAGAGAGCUAGUGGACGCCGAAUGCUAUCGAAUGGCGUAUGAAUUUGUAUGUCAAGUUUUACAACCGGCUUGUCUUCCGGGUGAACCGGAAGACGUUCUCCAUUUACCGUGCAGAAGUUUCUGCAGGGAAUUUUGGGCAGGAUGUGGCAGUCGACUACCAGCUAGAAUCAAAGAUGCCUUGGAUUGUUCGAAUUUUCCGGAAUACGCUGAUCAAGGAACCUGCAGACCAAAACCUGGAUGCGUUCAGGAUCUUCAAGCUAAAGCUUUAUCCCCACGUAUCUGCGAUGGGAUAAUAGACUGUCCAGAUUUAUCAGAUGAGAAAAAUUGUGCAUACUGUCGCGACGAUCAUAUGCAUUGUGGAGUAGGCCGUAUGUGUAUUCCGUCAAUCAAACGCUGCGACGGGAAGAUCGACUGUCCAAACGGGAGCGAUGAAAAAGAUUGUCUCACACUUGCAAAGAGCAUUGGGUAUGUUAAAUCGCUACCUGUGGAUACGCCGCACGCUAAUAAAUACAGUAGCGACGGUUAUGUCGUUUUCAAUGAGAAGGGCUCGCUCGGUAAACUCUGUACUGAAAAUCUAAAUGCGACAUUACCGACGCCGGAAAUGGAAAACGUUCUCCAGACAGCUGCUAGUUCACUCUGCAGUCUGUUGACCUUUAAAGGAUUGGAAUCCGUAGAGGUCAGGAUUGACGACGAGGAGGAUACACAAUAUGUUCACAUGGAAGAUCCUUCUGCUUCUGAAAUUACAUUUGUAAGGGCGCCAUGUCCUAGCAAGGAAGUUAUGUAUGUACGCUGUUCUGAUUUAGAAUGCGGUGUGCAGCCUCUGAGAACUAACACCGGUACCCAAGGUUUAAGUAAAAUGGCGGAACCGGGCGAUUGGCCAUGGCACGUUGCUCUUUUUAAACAGGAAGUACACGUUUGUGAUGCAACCCUGAUAGCCGCUGGAUGGCUUCUUACUACAGCAUCCUGUUUUCAGGGACAACCAAAAGCUGAAUGGUCCGCCAGAUUGGGAACUGUCAGACUCUCAAGUACAUCUCCAUGGCAGCAAGAACGUAGAAUAGUGGGUAUGAUAAAGUCACCAGUCGAAGGAAGCACUACAGUUCUUCUUAAGCUGGACCGUCCUGUAGCUGCAUUUUCGGAUUUUGUACGUCCCGUAUGUCUGCCUUCAAGUCUGGACCCACUUCCGGUGAAUGCGUCUCACUGUAACACACUUGGAUGGGCUAGAAAUCGUGAUAUUUUGCAGAGGGUAGAAUUAAGACUGAGCGCCAUGGAAAGAUGUGAGAAUAUUAGUAUAGCCUCUGUUAACAGUGUAUGCACAGAACCAGCAUACUCAACAGAUGAUUGCAACGAGGAGGAGGUUGCUGGAAGUCCCAUGCUGUGCUUAUUGGCAGACGGACAACGUUGGGCCUUGAUGGGAGUUGGUAGCUGGAGAAUAGCUUGUUCGAAAGCUGGUACUGAAAGGCCACGUCUUUAUGAUCAGAUCUCGUCGAACAUCGCCUGGAUCCAAUCAACAGUUGGAUGAUCAAUCGAUUGAUGAAUUGGAACAAUUCGUUCUAGAGACUUGGACGUCGCUGGACGAAUAAUCUUAGAAUUUGAAAGAUAAGAGAUAAAAAAAGGUCGACUUUUAGAUUCGAUGAUUUCUUCUCAGUCCGACCGUUCAGUUUUUGAAUUUAAUCGUCAAUCAGGUUGGUCCAUGGAUAAUGGAUACUGCUUGGGAAUGUUAUUCCAUUACAUUCAAUUCACCUUCGGUACGUUAUGUGUUGGCACGUAGGUUGAAGGUUGCAAUAUUAAUGAAGUAAAAUGCACGCAUUGGUGGCAUUUUACUCUUCUCUCAUUUGCCAUUGUUCAAGGACUGCAUAAAGAUGCUAAAUUCAAUAGUAUUCUGCAACUUCGUGCGAUGCAGCGAAAAUAGGUAUAGAUUGAAAUAUAUAUCAGUGUAAAUAUAUGUUUAAUAUAAACACGUAACGUUAUCCCUUGAUGCCUCCCUUAGACUAGAAUAGUAUAAUACAUCACCUGACUAUAGGUAUUCUCUAUUUCUGUGAGGGAUCAAUUACAAUUGUAUCGUUUAACUUAUUAAAGAUCCAUUCGUACCAUUAAA